ACUAUUUUCAAACAAAUGAACGCAAGCUCGACCCAAAAUUCCAAUUGCAUUUAGCUUCAAUUUCUGCGAGAUUUUCUCUACAGGUCGCUAAAACUCCUCUGCCCUGCCGCUAAUUAGCUGCUCAUAUUCACCUCUCAAGCAGAAUUAGGUGGUUUGAGAACAUGAUGAGUACAGAUGAGGCAUUAAAGAGAACUUCCUCCCAUCCUCAAUUGGUUGUGUUGAACAGGUCAUUUAACUUGGUGUAAGUGCAAACGAGAGCUCUACUUCCCACCUGACUCUUUUUUCUUCUCCGGCACUCCUCUCUUUUUGACCGUUCUGGUUUUUGGAGCUUAUCUUCUUCAGAGUGGAAUUUGGAGAUGGGGUUUGAUGAAAUGGAACCAAUUUUUGGGAGGGUAAACGCAGAGUGGUCAGCACCUCACAAAACCCCAUUGAAGCCUUUCCUCUUUCAUGUUCACGGGCUGCGAAGUGAUCCCUCUACUCUUCGUGUCUGUGCCACUGACUUCCAUUCAAAUACGUGGGACUCUUUGAAAUCUGCCCAGGAGCUUGAAGAUAUGAGGGACAGAACUGGUAUAGGAGGCUCUUGGUCUGACUUUGUAGAUUACCUUAUAGCUUCCGUAAAGUCUGAAGAUGUGAAGCUUGUUAUGGAUGGACGGUCAAAAUUUGGAGGUGCUGCACAUGCAAAAUUGGUUGCUCAAAAAGCAAAGGGGAUGCCAAGAAUCGCUAUAUCACUUAGUAAACUUGUGGAUACUGCAGCAACUGAGGCAAUGGCAAAUCUUUCUCUGGAGCUCCACAAAACAUUUACAAAUGUACAUAAUUUGCUUAAAGCUGAACAAAAACGAUGCUCUGAGUUGACAAAUGUUUUGUCAGAAGAAAAGCAGGAAAAGAAUGAAAACGGCCAGUACUCAAAAAGACAGAAAUUGCAAAAGAUUACUGACAAAACAGCCCCAGAUACUGUAACCGUCAGUAGCUCACUGGAGUCUCCAGAUAAGCAAGCAGCGCAACCUCCCUCUACAAAGGCGACUAACCGUGUGGUACCAGCACAUCGUAGGGCCAGAACCCGAGGCGUUCUUUUGCAUGAUACUGAAGAUGAGACGCAAGAUUAGGAAACACUGUCAUUUAUCUCGGUGAUUGAUGUGAAGCAAUUUAUGCUUUUUCUCUUUUUGUAAAAUGUACAGCUGUAUGAUGGAAAAUAUGGAAGAUUUAGGGAAGACAAAGUGUGCUACGAUAAAGUCAAGAUUUAUUUCAGAUUGGAGUUGUUAGGCUCAAAGAGAAACGAUUAAGUCAACGUGAAAAUCAGUCCUUGACUCCUUGUUUGUUGCCCGGUUGAAACACUUCUAUAUUUCCAGGUUUGGCAAUGUAUUGAUCUUAUGUUACUCCUUGGUUGAGGAAUGAAUUGUUAGUCUUGGACAA